UUUUCCGUCUGAGAUAUUUUUUUAACCAGCUGUUUUUUUAUUAACCCCAACUUCCUUUUACCUAACUUCUAUUCAAUCCCUUUCAACAUGGUAGCCACCGCAAGCAGUUCCAAAAUCUCCAAGAUUGUGAAUGCUCGUCUGCUCUUGGACCACAAGAUUGUGCAAGAUUCCUACCUUUGGUUCCAAGACGGCAAGAUUAUCCACCCGCAAAACCUUUUUUUCGACCAGCAUCGCGAUGCUGACGAAAUCAUUGACGCUAAGGGUGCUUUGGUUGUUCCCGGAUACCUUGAUAUCCAAAUCAAUGGUGGCUACGGCAUUGAUUUUGCCGACAACGAGGGCUCCCUAGAGAAAAUUCAAGACGAUAUUAACACCGUCGCUAAGGGUUUGUUGCAAUACGGAUGCACUGCUUUCUGUCCCACUGUGGUUUCUUCUGCUCCUGAGGUGUACAACAAGGUUCUUCCAUUGCUCAACAAGCGAAAGGGUGAUGCGAAGAAGGGUUCGGAAAUCCUGGGUGCUCAUAUUGAAGGACCUUUCAUUUCACAUGAAAAGAAAGGUGCUCAUAACCAAGCCAUCUUCCGUACCGGUAAAAACGGUAUUUGUGAAUUCGAUGAAGCUUAUGGACCCGAGCUCAUGAAGGGCAGUGAAGCUGUCAGUAUCAUUACUGUCGCUCCCGAAAUUGAAGGUGUGAUCGAUGUCAUCCCAGAGCUGGCUAAGCGUGAUAUCUGUGUCUCCAUUGGUCACUCAGCUGCUACCAUCUCUGAAGCUGAAACAGCCGUCACCAAAGGUGCUACGUUGAUCACUCACUUGUUCAACGCUAUGUUGCCGUUCCAUCACAGAGAUCCUGGUAUGAUUGGUGUUCUGGGAGCAGUGGAUUUGCCAGUGCCAGAAGACCCACUCCGCCACCCAGCCGCUAGCAACACAUCUCCUUACAGAAACAAGCCUGACCCUCGCCCCUUUUAUGGCCUGAUUGUCGAUGGUGUCCACGUUCAUCCUAACUCUGUCCGUAUUGCCUAUUAUGCUCAUCCCAAGGGAUGUGUGCUGGUCACCGAUGCCUUGUCAGCGCUCGGUUUACCAAGAGGUGUUUAUUCUCUGGGUGGACGAGAUGUCGAAGUCGAUGACAAUGGUGCUGCCUACAUCAAGGGAACAAAUACAUUGGCUGGAAGCACCAUUACAAUCGAUCAAAGCGUGCGCAAUUUCCGUAAUUUCACAAAGUGUACUAUGGUCGAGGCCAUCGAAGCUGCUACCCUUCACCCUGCUCAAGUUCUUGGCAUCUCUGAUCGCAAGGGUACAUUGAACCCUGGAGGCGAUGCUGAUUUAUUGUUCCUGAACGAUGAUCUGGAAAUCCAAAGAGUGUUUGUCUAUGGUGAAGAAGUUGAACUUCACAAGAACAAAUAAUUCUUUUUCCACAACUCUUAUGCCAUAGCUAUAACCCAAACCAUUCUUUUCUACAGUAGUAGGCUACCCCAUUCGUAGGGAUUAAUCUAUCUAUUUCUUCGAGGCCAUGUUUAUUGCAUUCAUAUCACAAAUAGCGUCUUCUCCUCCCCUUUGUUAAACCCGGGUGUUUCAUUGCCGCCCGAGUACUAGAAUGAUGUUCUUCUUUCUGUUAGUUUUUUUUGUACAUUGCACAUAUAAAGCGCUUGUUCUAAUUCUUUAUGGCUUGC